CCGCGUCGCGUCGUAGACGCGCGUAUCGGUCGCGGCGUCGAGUCGCACACGGUUCGACGAGUUUUGCAUUUUGGACGGGACGCGCACACGACAGCCGUGUUAUCUCUGCAGUUCGCGUGCCGUGACAGUUCCUUAUACACAGAAAUAGAUGGUGAAUUCCGUUUGAUCGCUGCGGUCGCCUGAUCGCCGCGGGCGUCGACAUAUUGCGCGUAUCGUGUUCCGGACGAGUCCCUGACGAUCGUGCACGUUUUUUCCCCCCGCUGCGUUUAUCUCACCUCGCGCGAGAAAUUGCGAAUCCGAGAGCGCGUCGCACGCGUCUCGUUGCGUGUCUCUCGUUACGACAACGGCGCAGUUCACGUUCGCACACGCCGGCACGCUGUAACGCUCCAUGUGCGACGUAGUUGCGUGGUACCGUCGCUUCCACCCUCGCGGAUGCGACCGGGGGUGCGUGAUGGGAUCGACGCUCGACGCGGCCAGAGCGUCUCCUCGCAGCUGUCGCAGGCGCCUCGUGUGCCAGCGGCCGCUCUGGCGGAAGCAAUUCGCGGACGAACAAAUGAACGAACGUCGCUGCGACGCCGGUCGAUCGUAUUGGAGCGCGUGGGAGAUGCGGACGCGCAAGGGACGCUUGGAUGGCGAAAAUGGCGGGUGAUGAAACAGCUGUUUUAGCGCGCGCUGCGCCAUCUGGCGGGGCGCGCGCGCGAUACGGCACGCUACGGCAACGAAGAGGACAACGGCGGCAGCGACGACGACGGCGACGACGGCGGCGGCCGCGACGGGCGGACGAGAGUGAGACGCAUACGGGUCGUAGACCGUUCGUGUCCGCAGUUUGGGUCGCAGUGGUCGACGGCGACGGCUAAGACGGUAACAUGGCUGCCGGCUGUUGCGGUACGAAAAAGCAGAAGCUCAACAAUUCCGCGGGCGUACCGUGCAACGGUACGGCGGUGCUGUCCAACGGCACGCGUAUACGUAAUACGCCGAUCGUGCAACCCGAGAUGGGAUUUUAUUGCUUCGACGUCCUCUACUGCCAACUGCACCAACUCGACCCACCAAAACCGCCCAACUUCAGCAACGAAGCAUUUCCCUUGUUUGUAACAUGGACUAUUGGAAAGGAUAUGAGACUACGUGGCUGUAUUGGUACAUUUAAUGCCAUGCACUUACAUGCAGGACUUAGGGAAUAUGCUACUACUAGUGCUUUCAAGGAUUCACGGUUUAAUCCUAUAACACGAGAGGAACUUCCACGCUUACAUGUAAGCGUAUCUAUACUGCGGCAUUUUGAAGACGGCGUGGACUACUUAGAUUGGGAGAUAGGAGUCCAUGGGAUUCGUAUAGAGUUCCAUAAUGAAAAAGGCAACAAGAGAACUGCUACUUAUUUACCUGAUGUUGCGACUGAACAAGGCUGGGACCAGAUACAAACUAUAGAUUCGCUAUUACAUAAGGGUGGCUACAGAGGUUUAGUUACGCCGGAUAUUAGACGCAGCGUGAAGCUGACACGAUAUCAGAGCGAGAAGAUUACUGUAAGCUAUCAAGACUACAUGACACAUUGGCAUAACCGACGAUGCUAGCAGCUGGCUUGGGGUCCUAUCCAAGGGCCCCUACAUUGCCAAACGCCCGGCACGUUUUGUUACAAAAAUAUUUCAGACACAGUUAACGCGUCUUACUCACAAUACAGUACCACUCAAUACAACUCUUUCAUGGCCAAUCAACAGCAUACAUUAGUUAUGGUACAGCCGAAUCACCCCACAUUCAUACAUACACUUCCGCUGCCACCAAUUCCUCCGGUUGUAGUACCUAUGCAAAACUAUCCACCAUUCUGAUGGAAUUAUGCGUACCGCAUCUUACAGUACGCUGUAUCGUUAUUCUUUACUAACUUUUGUAAUGCAGAGAAAUGAAUUAAACGUAUAAAAGAAAUAUAUUUAAAGGUGGCUGUUAUGUACGAUUGUUCUAUUGUUCAAAUUGGUGCCUAUUAUAAUUUUGAUAGUUCAACAGCAUUUAAUAUCUCUGUAUUUAUUUCUUUUUCUUUCUUUUUUAUUAUCGAUUCUUAUGCAAUUUAUUCUUUAAAAAAUAUGCGAAAAAAAAUACAAUAUUGAGUAUGGUGGCAAUGUUCUUCCAAAAUGUUUGUUGUAAGCAUAAACGUAAUAUUAUUGGCAUAGAGACAUUUGUAUAUGGUAGGCUCUUGUUCUCGUAUUGUACAAUUUUAUGAUUGUUAAAUUUGAACUAAAAACAAAAAAAAUCUAUUUGCGAGCAACAAUGUAAGUUCAGUUUAUUGUCGGAUAUUUGACUAGCUAUUGAACGUUCAAAUGUAAAUGUACAAUUAUAGCUUUGCCAUUACACCAUCAUGCUAAAACAUUAGACACUCAUAUUAGUAUUUGUAAAAAGAAUGACGCGACAAAAAAUUUAAAAAACUACUGUCUGUAUAAUUGAUUGUGACUAUUCAUUCAUUCGCUAAUACACAAAUUCAUAACUUCAUUAAAUUUGUCGCUUGUUUACAUUACUCGUGAAGGCAAAUUUAAAUUAUCAGCAUAUGCGAGAAAUACUUUGAUUUUUUAAAAUAAUAUUCAAGGAAAAGUUUGAUUGGAGCAUUCUGUGAAAUACGGAUGCGUUAUUACGUAGAAAACAUAAAAGUUAUUUUCUUUCCAAGAUCUAAUGUAAUUGCUAAUUAUUCAUAUUUACGUAAUACUUGACACAAUAAUACUAUGAAAUCUGAACAGAAUUUCUUUGCAUUAAUGGUAUAAAUAAACUUUUUUUUUCAUUAAGUUAUUACAUGUUGUCUUGUACUGAUUUAUUUAUAAAUCUUUUUAUUAACAUAUGCAGACUGUACAAUGAAGCACAAAAGUGAUAUGUAGAUAUGCUGUAUAAAUUUUAACGUUGCAUAUAUUUAUACCAUUCCUACAAUGAAGUUAAGGUGUUUAGAUUACAGUCCAAUGUUUUAUUACAGUAAAGGAUCCUUCAUAUUAACAAUAAUAAUUAAAGUUAAAAUUGUUACAUAUCUAAUAAUUUUUUAAAUUUUAAUAUCUUGAUUCAAAUUUGUCACAAUAUCUAAUUUCAAAAACUAUUAUAACACUUUAAUUUAUAUCAAUAGUUGAAUUUUAGAAUGGAACCUUUACUAUAAAUAAGCAAUGGAUUGCACUACAACUAACAAAAAUAUUAGGUAGACAUAAUAUAUAGAUGUAAGACAUUAAAACAAAAAAUGACGAUCUCAUUGUAAUGUUGAUUGCUGUGCAAAUCAUGGUAAUGACUCAUUCAUUAUGACAUCAGAUGAAAUCUUUUCCUACUUAAAAAUAUAUAAAAAUGAUAUGGAAAAGAGCAAAAAUACAGUUAUAUACUGUAGAUGUAUUGCAAUUGAGUUAUGGAUAAACGUGCAUUUGGCGAAAUAAGAAAAGAUUUAGGUAAUAGGUAACAAUUUACCGGAAAACAUCUGUCAGUGUACCUUAAAGCGCGGUUUAACAGCAUUGUCACAUAAAUAGAAGUUCAGGCAUAUUUUAUAUUAAACUGUCUUGCUUCUUAGAUUCCACGGCUAUAUGAUAGCUGAUUUCAUUCACUGCCAACAUAAUCAUUGUUGUAGGUAUUAUACAAAUCCUACUCCUACCGAAAGAAUAAACAGAUCACGUUGUUGUACUUUGGUUGAA